UCUCUCCCUCUAAUUCACGUGCAAACCCAAAAGAGAAAAGAAAAAGAAAAACCCUCAUCUUCUCCCCUUGCAAUCACAUGAACUCUCAAGCCCCAAGACUUUCCUCCUCCCUCACGCUGCGUCCCUUGCUUCUGCCAGCCGCCGUCGACACAGUCGCGCCACCCGACCACCGUCGUUCCUCCUCCGCCAUUCCGCAACCACCAGCCCAGCACCACCGCAGUCACCUUCGGCUCGUCGCUAACCUCUUUCCGCCACCCCUGCUCGCCGCCGCGCAACCCUAUCGCCGACCAGCACGUUCUCUCCUCUUGAUUUGGCGGAGAAUUCUUUGUGGGCGACUUUUGAAUUCGUUAAAGUGGCCUAUCAGUUUGUUUACACAAGUCUCUAAGGAUCAAUAAGCAUUGUCCAUCUGCAGGUUUGAAGAUGUUGCAUCAUUGGGAUCGGGAAUAGAGAGCUUGUAUUUAGUUUUGAUUUGCUAAGUUAACUUGGGUUUGUUUAAUUGGACUUUAAACUUGUUAGUUGAUCUUAUUUUCGUUGAUUGGUUUUGGGAUUAACUAUGUAAUCGAUUAUUUAUAAACCUAAAGUUAGUUUUAUGUUUUCCGCUGCAAAAUUCUGAAUAAGCCGUUACGUUUUCA